CAUAAGUUGAGAUAAACCGUUAAAUUCCCGCCACUUUGGAAAUUAACCGACUGUACAGAAACAUCCCUAAAAUCCUCCCUCUCUCCCACACUCAGCUUCACCCAUGAGCUUCGCUUACCGUGCCGUCACAACGGUAACAUUCCCCUCUUUCCCGCUGAACCCUAAUCCCAAAACCCUAAUUGCCUCAAAUUUCACUCACCCGAGCUCACUGAACAAAACCCUUAUACAAGCAAAGCCGAGAUUAAGCCUCCAAAUUCGAGCUGCGGCGAGCGAUAGCAGCCAAAGCCCGUGGUGGGUGAACGUUUUGCCGACCAAAGCUUUCGGAGCCGAGAAAUUCCUCAGGUUGAUUUCAGGCGCGACUGCUAGCCCCAUCUGCCAGUACGUCUCGGAACCCACCACCUUCCUUCAUUCUGUGGACCCCAGAAUCAAAUUGGUUUGGCUUUUGGCUCUAGUUGUUUUACCAGCAAGGUCACAUAUAAUACUGCGCUUUGGAUUAGUAGUAUACUUGGCCGUUUUGUCAAUAUGGAUUCUUCCAAGACACACAUGGAUGGACCAACUGGGAAGAGUGUCCUUGAUUUCUGGAAUUUUAUUCAUUAUGCUGGGGCUGGGUUCAGAUGGUGUACCACCGCUUGUUCAGUUGAGAACCCCACCUUCUGCAAUGAUGGGAUUAUCAAAUCUUCCUGCAUCCCUGGAAGGUUACUCAUAUUUAAUUAUGAAGCUAGGUCCAAUACAGUUUACAAGGAAGGGGUUGUCUGUAGCGAGCACAGCUGCUUGCUUAACCUUUACUGUCUUUCAAAGUGCGAGCCUUUGCCUUACAACCACAACCCCUGAAGAACUUGCAUUUGCUUUGCGGUGGUUUAUGCUCCCUUUGACACAUCUUGGUGUGCCAGUGGCUGAAAUUAUUCUUACCCUCAUGCUUUCAUUGAGGUUCAUCAAUCUGGUUUUUGAUGAGGUUCGGAAUGUUGCAUUGGGGAUUGUAUCUCGUAGGAUAAACUGGGAACAGCUGACAAUGGUGGAAACAAUUGAUCUUUUAUUUGCCUACUUCCGUCGGAUCUUCACAAAUAUUUUUAGCCAUGCAGAGCAGAUUUCACAGGCAAUGAUUGUCAGAGGUUUUAGAGGGGACAGCAAUGCUCAUAAGAUUUACUUGUUAUCAGAUCCAUCCAUCGGGACUGCAGAUAUCAUUUCCCUGUUAUGCCUGGUUGGUGUAAUAGGUGCUUCCGUAUGGUUUGGCUACUUUCUAGUCUGAUCUGCUGUGAAACUUUUCAUCGGGGAAAAAUAUUGUUGAUGAUAUAGUACCAUAUACCGACACGCAUAUGAGCCGGCUGUAAUUUUGGUAGAACUGUAUUAUCAGUAGAUAGAGUUCUGCAGUCUAUGGAAGAAAAUUCAUCAACGUUCCUACAAAGAAGCGGUGAAGGUACUUCCUGGUUUCUGGAAUGCCAAUCAAGAAUUUACAGAGUUCUUAAAAGGAUCGGAGAUACCUCAAGGGUUCUGGCUGUCCCAACUAAACGAAAAUCAACAUCAAACUAACAGUGUGUUGGAUGGUUGAAACUUAAAACUUUGGGAUUAGCUUACCAACAAUGUUUCCUGAUAAAGCCUUCUUAUGCAUUGCACCUUUUGGUUAUACAUGAUAAAAGAAAACAAUGCAAAAUCUCACUGAUUUGUGCUGCCGAGGAUAGUUGUUUGAUUUCAAAGUAAUUAUUAUCAGAUACUGAUUAAAAGCGAUUAGUGAAUAA